AUGGCUGGAUCCAUCACUCUUCGAGGUCUUCUCCUCGCCGCCUUUGCCUCCAAGGCCAUUGCGUCUUGUGCUUACGGAACACUUCUGCAUCCCAGAGCCGAGGAUGGCAGUGUUGAGGUUAACACCUUUGGUUACACUGGACAGAUUGGCCCAACCAACUGGGUUGCUCUCGAUCCAGCAGCCAACGCUGUCUGCUCUACCGGUGUCAACCAAUCCCCCAUCGACAUGGUCCCCGGCGCCAACGCCAUGAUCCCUGCCUCUCAACUUAACCUCGAGAUCCCCGACAUGACCGAAGGAACCGAGUUCGAGAACCUUGGCACCACUGUCGAGGUCAUCGCCGGAAAGGGCAGCAUGCGAUUCGGCAACACCAGCUUCACUCUCCAGCAGUUCCACUUCCACUUGCCCAGCGAGCAUCUCGACGCCGGAAAGAGCAUGGCUAUGGAGAUGCACAUGGUUUGGGAGAGUGAAGAUGCCAAGAUUGCUGUCGUCGGUGUCUUUAUCGAUGUCGAGGAUGGAGCUGGUGGAAGCGCUGGUAACUCGACUGGCGCGGCUGCCAAGGUCAAGAGAGACGGCUUUGUCAAGAUGGUCCGCAAGAGCACAACCGACGGUCAUGACCACGACCAUGCCAACGAGAAGCGACAACUUCCUGCUGUUGGUGGUUCUUUCUUCCACGUCAACGCCCCUGCCACCGCCGCCACUUCCUCCUCCAACCUUUUGGAAACCGUCUUUGGUUCCGUUGGUGAGAUCGCUAAGCCUGGAACUCUUACCAAGACCAAGUCUCUCAACAUGGCCGAGCUUGUCAGCACUCUUGCAGCCGGUUCUUUCCAGACAUAUGAGGGUUCUCUGACCACACCUCCCUGCAGUGAGGGUGUCCGAUGGUUGGUUUCUGACCAGAAGCUUGCCAUCAAGACAUCCACAUUCAACAGCGUGCGCGAUGUCAUUGGCUUCAACUCCAGAUUCCCCCAGGGUGCUCUUGGCGAGCCCAACGCUCUGUCCGGAAUGAUGGCUUAA